UAAAUACCGCAACUAAAAAUAUAUAUAGUGCAUUUGCUGGUUAUAUAACAUUACCCUUACUAAUAAGUUGUGUGUUCUCUCAAGCACUUAAAAAAAUGUCGUCUCGACUUCUUGCUUCACUCACUGUAAUCAUUUUGUUGGCUGCUUUUGCCUCCGAAGCCACUCGUCUUCCCUUGUCUGAACUGGAAGCUCUAAAGGAAAUAGGAAAGUCGUUGGGAAAGAAUGAUUGGAAUUUCAGUGUAGAUCCAUGUAGUGGAGAAUUGGGUUGGGCCAAACACCCUGAUCUUGACUCGUCUCAGAAUGCUGUCAAAUGUGGUAACUGCACCUCCGAUAACACCACAUGCCAUGUUGUCACCAUAGUUCUCAAAGCACUAAAUUUGAGUGGCGUUCUCCCCCGAGAAUUGGUCAAACUCCCUCAUCUCCUAGAAUUUGACAUCUCCAAGAAUUAUGUUAAUGGUACUAUCCCUCCAGAAUGGGGUUCCUUGCCGCGAAUAAUGCACGUAUCCCUCUUAGGAAAUCGAAUAACAGGUUCAAUUCCAAAAGAAUUAGGAAACAUCACCACACUUGAAAGCAUAGUCCUCGAGUUCAAUCAGCUGUAUGGACCACUUCCUCAGGAGCUUGGUAACCUUACCCGCCUUGAGAAACUGAGUUUAACGUCGAAUUAUUUUUCUGGGGAGUUGUCGGGAACACUAGCAAAGUUGACCACUUUGAAGGAUUUUCGGAUCGGGGACAACUUCUUUACAGGAAGCAUACCCAAUUUCGUCCAAAACUGGAUACAUCUUCGAAAUUUAUAUAUCCAGGCUAGUGGUUUGGAUGGUCCAAUUCCUUCUGGCAUUGCUGUUUUGACAAAUGUGAAUGAAUUAAGAAUUAGUGACUUGAAUGGAACUAAAGUAUCUACUUUUCCACCCCUUAGUAACAUGAGAUACCUGCGGACACUGAUGUUAACAAGUUGCAACAUUAUUGGAAGCUUACCAGAGUAUCUUGGGACAAUGAUCAAUUUAACAAUUUUAGACCUCAGCUUUAACAAACUAAGUGGAGUAAUUCCAAACAACUUCGUUAAUCCAAGCGCUUCAAUUUCCAUUUAUUUAAUUGGUAACUUGCUGAAUGGACCUGUGCCUGACUGGAUGCUGCGUGGGCUGAACCUCAAAGUGUAAGUUUCUCUUCUAAAG